AUGAAACUCAAUCCAAAGCCCGAAUUGAUGUUACUAAUAAACAAGGAUUUCGGGGAGCCAGGCUUCUUCUGGCGUACGGGUGAAAACAUUUACGUGAAGGGUCGCACUUCACCCGGUGUUAAGGAACUAGAUUUUUGCAAAAGGAAAUUGGUGUUGCCAGAAGAAAAGCCAAAGCCAAAGGCAAUAGGAGAGUAUGCAUUCUUUUGUAGCCGCAGCUUUAACUAUUAUGUUGCUAUUAAACCAGAGUCUUGGGCUGACCACCCUCAGACACAAUACCAGAGACAUGCUUUCUUUCCUGACACUCUUGAUACAAGUCGUAAAUACAGUUUCUUUUCUUCAAGCAUGUGGUACUUCCCUCAUGAAUGCGUAGAUAUCAAUCAAAUAGAUGACUGA